AUGUCUGUCUUCUACCAGAAUGACGAAGGUCACAUCCGCGAAUGGCGCCGCGUCGACAAUACGUGGCACUCCACGGACUUUGUCCAGCGGGACGCCAUACGCGGCACCAAUCUCGCCGUGAUCCACUCCGCAGAUGCACAGAGUAUCAUGGUGUUCUAUCAAGACAAGGAGGGAUGGAUUUGCUACCGUCCUGCCACCUGCGACAAGUGGUCCGCGACCGGCGUCGAUUGGUCUCAGCAGAGUGUUCGCGUCGUCCAGGCUGCCGCCGGUACGGGUAUCGGUGCGACUGCUUGGGAUAACCUCAACCAGAUCCGCGUGUAUUACCAGGACAGGGACCACCACGGUCGCGAGUACUGCAGAACGACUAAAGCUGAUUGGUAUAUGUCUCCCUUGUGUCUGAACUAUCUGCGCCCCAUCGGUACCAUAGUCGCCACGUCAUGGAGUGACGCCUCAGGAACUGAAAUUCGCGUCUUCCUCCAGGACGACACGCACAUGAUUGUCGAGCGGUGCUACAGCGGCUCGGAGUGGGAUUGGGGAAAAUUCUUGUAUCCGGAUCUCCCUCGCACGGACGUUAUUGCUCUCUUCCGCCGAGUCGAGUCUUCGCCGGGCUUCUGCCUCCAGGUCUUGUGGGUCGGAGAGGACCAAAAUUUGUACCAGCACGUGAUCGGCGCUGGUUUCAGCCACUGGCAGCAACCAACGGCCAUUGCUAGUCUCCAGUUUGUGGGCGAGUAUGCAGGCUCCCGGCAUGGCACUGAAUUUUCUCACCUUGUUCUGAGCAUCAUGAACAAAAGGAUUGCGAAAGUCAUCAUCCGGUCUGGAGACAUCAUUGACGCCAUUCAGCUUGUCUUCACCGACGGCUCGUCUACGCUCUCACGCGGCGGCCAGGGCGGCUCCGAAGACGAGUUCGCCCUUGAGAUCGGCGAGGACGUCGUCAGGAUUCUGUUUUCUGCAGACGCGAAAAAUAUUCAGCGACUUCGGUUUGUCACUUCGCUCGGCCGCUGCUCGCGUUGGUACGGGAAGAACGGGGCUGAAAAGGAGUACGAGUGGACCAGAGGUGGUCACUCUGCCCUCGCAGGCUUCACUGGCUCCACCGGGAAAUAUGUUAAUGGGCUUGCACCCCUCUGGUCUGACCGCCGUAGCAUGGCCAAUCUUGAGAAGCUCGAGGACUUAGAGGACGAGGUCAGAGAGCUUGACGAGGGGCUUGCGAGUAUCCAGAACCGGUUUUUAGCUGUGCUGGAGGUGUCCCAGGAAUGCUUACAGAGUCUCAAGCCUCUUCGCACCAAUGCUAUGAGCAGUAUCGUCCGCUUCGCAGAGUCUAUCGAAUACCUCCACGACCUCACGAAAGCACAAGGUGAUGCGCGACUGCGGAUUACAGAUCGGCGGGCCAAGGCUGUGAGCGCCCAGAUGCAAGUCUGCAAGCAUGAGUCAGUCGAGGUCGAAGCCAAGUGUAGCGAGCUGUCGAACGCGCUGAACAAGAUCGCGCCGGAAGGGAAAGACCUGCACACAACACUUUCGGCAGUUGUCAGCGACCUGGCGAACACGACGAGGAGAACCAGCGAGCUUUUGGCUGUGGCCACGGACGCGCGCAAGGAUCGCCUCGAGUUCCAGAAGACACAAGAGCACAGUGCGAAGGCAAAGGCCGAUAUCGAGAAGUACACAGUGAUGGUCAAGAACAUUGAAGCUGGGAAGCCGGCUCCCGCUACAGAGCGCCCGCUUACUACUGUGAGUGUACCCUGGGACGCUAUACCUCUGACUGACUGCGGGUCGAAGCGAUACAACAAGAUGUUCAGCGAGGACAACGAGGAGGUCGGCAACACCGAAGACCUUCGCAAGCAUCAGCUCGAGCUCGCCGCCGCUGCGAUCGACCUUGGGCUCGCUAAUCAGCGGGCUGAGAAGGCCGCCAGUGCGCUCAAGAAAACCGACGAGCGUCUUGCGACGAUUGACCGCGUGCUCGUCCGCGUCGAGGCUCUGACCAACGACAUUCAGACGAAGAAGCCCGAGAUUGACAGCCUGCUCGAACAGACGACCGGCUCGCUCACGAGGGCCCAGGAGCACGCCACGCUGCUGGAGUCUUUCAAGGUCACGUCUAUAGAUAUCGACGCCAGCACAUACGCGAGAGAGGCUGCCGAGAAGCUUCUACCGGUCGUUCAGCAUGCGUUCUCGUCGCUACGCCUCAACGGUUCGGUCGAGCAAGACCAGGUUACGCUUGCAGUUAUCAAGGAUAUCGCUGAGGCCAAGUAG